AUGCCUGGCAAAGACUGGUGGGACGUCACUGGCCAAAGCGCUCACAAGUGGGACGACCGUAUUCGAUCGAACCAUGGUGACAGCUGGUGUGUUUGUGCGACCUGUGCCUCAGAGAUCGUGGACCUGGUUGGAUGCCAGCAGAUGCCUAUCCGCUGUAAUGCUACGAAUAUGAAGGACGUGUUCGGCAUCGAUUUGCCAAUUUACGCAUCAUUAGAGACCUGCCUUCGCACCCGCUGCCCGGAAGUGCAAGGGGAUCUGCGAAGCUGGGGUCUCUGGGAAGCCCUGGCUCCGACAAUCGACUCCGGCUCGGGUCCCUCGCUUUCCCUGGUCGGGGCCGCGGAGCUCGGCCUCGGGGCCACGGUGGUGGUGGCUGCCACGGCGGUGCUCCUCCGGAGGUUCGCGACACAUGUCCGCUACCACUACCAGCUCCUCUCAGGUGACAGUAGCGACGAAGAGGCAGACUUGCUGCUCGACUCUGAAGCUCAUUAG